GUCCUUUUUUGAACCACACUUCAAAAUUUGGAAACUUUAUAGAACCGAAACUUAACUGCAAGAACGAAACUGUCCCUUUUAUAGUGGAAUUCUUUUAGAGAAUCAACCAAAAGUGUAUAUUUACAUCAUAUCCACUAUAUAUUUUUAAUUUUAACUAAAUUUUUAUAAUUUUAUCGUGCACUUUUUGAGGAAUUUUCGGUUUUGUUAGUAUGGACGGGCUCGAUGCUGAUGGUUUUAGGAUAGCUAAUAAUGACUCUCCACCAAAAGAAGAUAAAGUACCAGAGGAAAAUGUAAAAAAGCCACAACUGCCCAGUACAAUUGACGGGUCAGGAGACAGUACCACUCUGCAUGGUGAAGGUACUGCAAGUGGAGUAAACUCAACAGAGCCUGUGGAACAGGAUGUAAAGAAAGAAAAACUAUCGAAGAGUGAUAUCAAGUCUUUUGGCGAAGAUGAUAUUCCUCUUCAACAACAAGGAAACACCGAAUUAGAGAUUACUGAAAUAAAGGAAAAAUUAAACUUGAAUAAAGAAAGCAUUUGCAAAAUUACCAAUAAAUCAGAUAGCGAAAAAAAUAUAGAAAAACGAGGAGAUGAAGGUGAAAAUAGUAAGAAUGAGUCAACUCAAGCAUUAUGUAACAAAACUUCUCCUCAACAAAAAAACAUCGAUUCAAAGAAUGAUGAAACUAAAGAAAAGUCAAUUAUAAAUAGCAAAACUGGUUGUAAACGAAUUGAAAAGCCUGCUUCUGAUUGCUCUCCACCUCAUCAAGGCAGCGAGGCUUCUCAAUCCUCAGAAGAUUUUAGUAAACAUGAUACCAGAACUGGAGGACAAAAACUACCUAAGAAAUCAGAUGAAUUUCAACAGUCCAAAAAAAAACCUCUUGAAGACACUUUACAUUUAGGGAAAACUGAAAUUUCUAUCCCAUGCCAUUUAUCCCAUGAAAAAUAUCGAAAAAUAGAGUAUAGAUAUGGUUUUGUAAAACCUGGUAAUCAGAAACCGAAAACCUAUGAAACUCUACAAGAUUUUGAUAGAGCUUGUGGGUCAAAACGAACUCUUUGCCUAGCAGACUUCAAAGAUCUUUAUCAUAAUAAAAAACUAUAUGUUUUGGAUGGGUUUAUUCAUUCAAAAAAAUCUUUGAAGAAAAGUAUCUUUGGUAGAGUUUAUAAAUUCAUUUCGGGCUUUGUUAAACAUGAGACCCACCCAAACACUAUGGCAGGAAUUAAUGCUUUCAUGCCUUGUUAUAAGAAUUUUGAUGGAACUCAUAAUAAAAUAAAGUUCAACAGUGAUGGAGAGUUUCUAAAAAUAAUGAUGUCGUUUUUUAGAACAUUUCUAGGAAAGGAUAAGAUUUUUAUGAAAUCAGUUAUAACGGAAUAUAUUAACAAAUGCAUUGAAGCACUACGCCCUUCUCAAGACAUGAAAGCUAAGAUGAGCCUUUCACUAAUAAGCUGCCUUUUUAUCGCCGAAUUUGAACUUGAAGUAAAACUUGCACCUUUCUCAUUAUUUGAUCUGGAAAAAUCGAACUCGAAAUGCGUCAAUGAUAUAUUUCAAACAAUCUUCGAAGAAUUUAGUGAUUGUCUGCCCAUUAUUCCUAGAUUAAUAAAGCAGCUUGUGAAUAAUUGUAUUAAAGCAGGAAUUAAUGACGAAUGGUUUUUCAUUGUGCCUCUUUACCAUUUGUUUUCCGAUUCUUACAAGAUACUUUCGCCGAAACAUUUCGUUGCAGAGCACCAAUCAGAAAAAUGGUGGAAUACCGAUUGGUUGUCAGAAGUAAAAAAAUUAAAAACACAUAUUAUGGAAACAGAUCCACAGGAAUCAAAAAAAAGUCUACAACUUUUCAAAAACAUCUUUGAAAUUGAUGAGCAACUUCCAGUGUUGUUUGCUGCUACUAGACCAUUUUCCCAUUUGUCUGAAACGUUUAGCUCCAAAAUGUUUAGACCGGAGAUAAUUAUGGCUUCAUUUUACUUCUGGUUUAAAGAAAUUUCCGGCUCAUUAAACCUAGAACUAGACCCAUACCUCUCACCUUCAAUAUUAGGCGGCUUGUCAGACGGUUUGGAGAAAAUGAAAGAGAAUAAUCAUAGUAGAGAAGAGUGGAUUGUUUUAUGCGAUAUUUCUUUUAGCUUGUUAAAAAAACUUCAAGAUAGUUAUGAGACAUUUGAAUCAAGAUUUACAGCUUUUGUGAUAAAUCUAAUAAUCAUGACUCUUUCUUACGCUUCUGAUAAAAUAGAAUUACCAAAGACUAAAUCCUACUUUGAAAAAUUUAAAACACUCUUUGACAUUAAACUUCGUAUAUAUAAUUCGAAUUCUUUUAGAAUUUUACUGUUUUUCUCUGAUAUAUUGCGUGGAAGCACUAUAGAUCAUUACAUGGCCAGUUCCGUUUAUAGUUUAAAAAAAGAUUUUUUUCAAAAUCAAACUUUAAAAGUGUUGCAGAAAAUGUAUAGCGAUGAAAUCAUACAAUUCUACUAUGCAAAUGAUUUACAAACUUGUCACGAGCAUAUUGAAGUGAUUUUGAAUGAAAAAGCUAUAUCCGCUCUUGUUGAAUCUAUGAAAGGAACUAGAGUUAAUUCGUUUGAUCACAAAAAUGAAAGGUACAUUAAUCUUCUUGCCGAGACCCUCGCUAGAGCAACAAAGGACAAAAGAGAUCGAAGGGUAUUUCUAUUCGAAUGGCUUUGCUUCCCCAACUUUUUCCAACAAUAUUUUAAAGUAAUAAAUAGAGCAACAGAUGCAUCACUCAAAUAUAUUAGAAUUAUGAAUCCACUUAUCUCUGAAACUUUGCAAGUUAUUGAACAUAUCUACAAUGGAUCCAUAGAACUUUCACUUUACAAAAAAGUUAAUCAAACUGAAUACAUAAAGUUAAUACACAAGUUAGGAGAAAUAAAUGAAUUUAGAGAACACAAGAAUAUACUGAAGCAUUUACCUGAAAUUAUUAAGGCAAGGAAUGAGGAAGUGAAAGUUUUCUUGGAAACAUUUAUGCAGUUGAAGAAGUUUGAAUCAUUUUUAUCAAAGUUUAACAAAAGAGCGUUAUGGGACUCUUCUACAACAGGGCUGAAAAUAAAUGAAUUCUGUUUUCCGAGAAGUAACGAAACUCUAAAUAAUCCAGUCAUGCUCACAUCUCUGAAUUAUGAUGAAGAAAUUAUGAAAGCAAUUCAGAAUUGUGAAUCCUAUAAAGAUAGUCUAAAAUUUGAAAAUAUUCUGCUUCAAAGUUUUGCUAGAGAGAGAUGUGAUACAAUUUCAUUUCAAGAUGCUAUCAAUUCUCAUAUUGAAAAUGGCUACAAUGAAUACUUAAAGUGGUCAGAAGAUUUUGUUAAUGGGAAAUUGUCACUAAAAGAAGUAGACAGAAUUUUGAUGCUAGCGUUGUACAAACCGAACUGUAUAAAGAAAGAAAUGGAACUUUCAUUGAGAGCCAUUAAUAUGAAGUUUAACGAAAGUGAUAUAUCUGAAAGAGUAGAAAAAAUUACGCUUUAUCAAUCUGCUUUAAGGAGUCAAAAGAUAGCUGGAGCUCUACUAAAAAUUAAAGAAGAAUAUAACCUGACUGGAGAUUUUAGUACAAUGCUUACAUUAUCAACUUUAGUAAAUAACAAAGAUACCAAAUUAGACGAAUUGACCGAUGAAGUGCUUAAACAAGGCGGACGUUUAGCUGAUGUAACUGAUGAUCAGAUAAAAGUUCUUGACUCAUUCCGUUCUUCGAAGACGUUUAUAUUUUGGUUGAAAAAACACAUUCAAUCCGCAACAGAAGUCAAUACACUUCUCGACUUAAUAAUGACUAGUGAAUACGAAAUGCAAGAUGUUUGCAAAAUAUCAUGCUUGCAAUCAGUAACAAGAGCAUACUCUUCACUCAUCUAUGAUUUCGAUGAUUCGGACGGAAGUUCAGAAUUGUUGGAAAAAUUGGAGAAAACGUGGUCCUAUUUGAAGGAUGAUAGAGACUUACCAAAGAAAUUAAUGGAUUUAACUAAACAGCUGGAUUGGUUAGAAGCAAUAAAAAAGUCGUAUGGUUCGGCCGAAAUACAAGCUUAUGACACUGUAAAAGACAUCAACGACUUUGGAAUAUUUACUGUAAAAACAGAAAUAAGUGUAAAAAUUGUUAAGGAAGACAGCACAAAGGAGUUAAAUUAUGAUAAGUUGAAAGAGCUUUUAAGUAAAUUGACUCUUAGAACUGGCAUUCGAGAUGACGAAAAAAAUAAAACUUCCAGUCAUUUCAUUAAAAUGUAUGACGGUUUAACAAGAUUAUUGGAAGAUCUCAAUAACUUACGGAAAAUUGGAAGUUUGCUGUUUUCUAAGUGUUCUUUUGAAUUUAGAGAAAAUCCAAACAGUGAGUUUAAUGUUGAGAUUGAUAUUGGUUUAUCAGAUAGAAUUUUGCUUGGGAAAAAAGAGACUAAUCUAGAGGAGCAUCUAUCAAACGUUUGUGUUGCGUUAGAAAAGUAUAUUGAUGAAUGGUCUGAGUAUGUAAGAAAAAACCGUGAUAAGUACUCAGGACUGAACUAUUUUUCUAGUCAACAAAUUUUAAUCCUUCGAGAAACAAUUUCACACUUUCUAAACAAUAACGAAAUUUCAGAUGAGUUAAUCUAUCUUUGCAGUAUAGUCAAUCCUAUAUGCACAAAAACUGAUGUCGAACAAGCUAUUCUUUCGGCUUCAGAAGAAAUAAAAAAUGAAAGCAGUAAAAUUGAUUCUCAGGAUGCUUGUGACGGAGGUUCUUUGUCAUCUACAGAAACUGAUGAAAAAAAUACAUAUGAGAGAUUAAUAGAACACGGUUUUCCAAAUCAACUAGUUAGAGAAGCCUGUGAAGAUAAUAGAGAUUAUGACGAGGCUUACAUCUACUGCUUGGAGAAUGAAGAUUCAUACAAGGAAGGGGAACAAGAAAAAGAAAAUAGUUGUUUGACUGAUGCCAAGACGUUGAAGGAUAAAUUUUCCGAAUUAAAUAUUAAUUCGGAGGGAAAGAGUCAACUUGAAGAGUCAAUUUGCGAAAAAUUGAAUGCUUUAUGGAACAAUUUCUUGAAUUUUAUUGAAUAUAAUAAAGAUUAUAUCAGCUUCGAUCACUUAGGAUUAAUUUUAGAGCGCUUAUACAAAAAACCAUUAAUCUGCUAUGAAUUUCCUUCAAAUUUGAUUGUUGGUCGACCGAAUUUAAUAGUUUGCGACGAAAAGAAAACCUGGUCGACAGUUUUACAUCUUUUUUUGAAAGGACCAGAGUCACCUCUGCCUCUAAUAUCUCAAAUUUUGAUAUGUAAUGAACGCACAACUGCUGAAGACGUCGAACUCAUAUACAGAAGGGCAGCAUCGUCAACUGAUCAACUUUUUGCUAUUGUUAAUUCUCACAAUUUAGGCUUUGAAGCAUCGGAUAGAGCAGAAAAGAUAUUUGACGAUCUUCAGUCUCAAGAAAAAACAAGCAAAAUGAAGUUAGUCGUAUUAUGUCCAGCUGAAAAGCAAGGACAAUGCCGACUAGUUACUUCAUUAGAUCAUUACAGAGUAGAAUGGAAAAGUUUGAAAAUUUUACCAGAUGACAUACUAAAAGAAAAGGUUUUAGAGCAGUUUUCUACCACUGAUUGUGAAUCAGCAGCAAUUUUAGACUCUAAGAAAUCAACAGUUCGAUUUAUUACCUCCAAUCAGGCUGGAAAUGGUAAAUCACUGUGGAUAAACUGUCUGAGAGAUCGAUUGCAAAAAUCUCUAGGAAAUAGUAAAAUGUUUACUUACAGAUUUCAUGGAAUGGAAGCUAACAUAAAUGACUUGGUUAAUUUUUUUCACACAUCCAGUAAUAAUAGCUGUGAAGAAAAACAACCACUUAUUUUUCAUCUUGAUGUUAGCAAUCUCUCUCAAACGAAGUUGGAUGAUAUUCUCUUCAGUUUAACUAUACAAAGGGGACUAAUUGAUGAAAAUGGGCGCGUGUGGAAGAGACAACCAGAGCACUAUUAUUUAAUUGAAUGUCUCAAAUGUGGAAUUGAAAAGUUUAAUUGUUUGGAGUUUUUGCCAAAAAUUCAAUGCCAAUCACCUAUCGAAUCACUUCGUAAAUACCAAGAAAACAAUAUAGAUGAAGAUGAACAGUUGAUGAAUGAAGACUGUGAUGAUUUCCUUGCAUGGCGAAAAACAUAUCAAUAUCUAUAUAAUAUUCAUAACAAAAGAAAUUUUAACACAAAUGUGGAAGAUUUAUCGCCCAAAUCUUGUGUAGAAACUUUACUUCAAUUUUCCGGCACAUUAAAUCCUUCCUGGGCAGAAUUACGAAACUAUGCAGUAUUCUUAAAUAAACAGUUAUCACACGCGGAAAAAAAUGAUUUCUGUGCUACAGAUGACUUACCGGACUUUUUUCAAUUAAUAGUAAAUUGUAUGAUAAAAAUGGCAAGGGAUUUUUCAACUCGUUCUUUACUUAUUUCUGAGGAAACUCCUAAUGUAACUCCUAAUAAGGAUUACCAGAUAGAAUUGAUGGCUAUUAAGCAUCGUUGGGAAACUCGUCCCCAUCCCUAUCUUUUCUUCAAUUCCGAUAAUCAUACUUUUACAUUUUUCGGCUUUAAUGUUGAGAAAAAGACCGGAAAUUUAGUUGAUGUUACGACUGGAGAAGUUAUUUUAAAUAGAGCAAUUAAUAGACAGCUACACUGUGCCCUGAUAAUGAAUGGUGUAGAUUUGUCUGAAACUUUCGAUACAUUGAGCAAAGAAAAUAAACUAAAGAAGAUGUUUCCAGUUUUUAUUGAAUCAUCAGAAUAUAAAAAUUAUGAUGCCAAUCAACUUGACGAUACAUAUGAACUGACCAUGGACAAUUGUUUAAAAAUACUUGCAAUACAUAUGAAAUUGAAAUGUAAAAUUCCUGUAAUUAUUAUGGGAGAAACGGGCUGUGGUAAAACAAGAUUAAUUGAUUAUUAUUCAAGAUUAUUGAAACCUCCUGACAAAAAAAAUGUAAAGAAUAGAAUUUUAAUGAAAAUUCAUGGAGGUAUUACGAUAAAAGAUAUUGAAAAUAAAGUUAUAGAAGCCCAAGCACUGGCGCAAAAAAACUCUAAUAUUCACAACCUGGAUACUCUGUUAUUUUUCGAUGAAGCCAAUACUACAGAAGCUAUUUACGCUAUCAAAGAAAUACUCUGCGAUGAUUCUUUAAAUGGAAAAGCUCUUAAUUGUAAUCAGUAUAGAUUAAGGAUAAUUGCUGCUUGCAAUCCAUAUAGAAAACAUAAAGCAAAUAUUAUCGAGAUGCUUGAGAAAGCCGGCUUGGGCUAUUAUGCGAAGGAAAGCAAAGAUAAACUAGGAGGAAUUCCGAUGAGACAGCUUGUCUAUCGUGUUCAAGCGUUGCCGCAUAGCAUGCUUCCGUUUGUAUGGGAUUUUGGAAACUUGUCGAGUGAGGCGGAGAAAAUAUACAUAAAACAUAUAGUCAAAAGAACAGUUAACUGUUCGGAAGAACUAUCUGAAGUAAUAACCGAUGUUCUUUCCUGUGCUCAAAAUUUCAUGAGAAAAGAUGAAACCGAGUGUAGAUUUGUCAGCCUUCGAGAUGUUGAAAGAACAAUGACUGUAAUGAAAUGGUUUGCUACUAUUUCGGAGACACUACUCCCACUUAUAAAUAAUAAGAAAGCACAGUUGCUUGCUAAAAGAGAAGGCAGAGUUAUCGAAGAAAAAAAUUUCGAAGAUAGUAAUUUUCUUGAAAGCAAUAUUAAUGAUAAUUGUAGCGACUCAUCGGAUAGCUACUGUUCCGAAGUUAAUGACAAUAGUCUAACGACUUUUAACAACGAGAUACGAGCUUUGAUUUUAUCAAUAGGAGUGUGCUAUUAUUGUUCAUUGAAUCAGUCAAGAAAUUCUUUUUUAAAAGAGAUAGGCAAUAUGCUAGAACGUUAUUUACCAGAAGAUCAAGAUUUACAUGAAAUAUUGUAUGAUGAAAUACUUGCUUGUCAAGAGGUGUUUUUAGACGGUUUAGAUUUAGGAACAAGCUCAAAUCCAAUUGCUCGUAACACUGCUCUUCGUGAAAAUGUUUGGAUGAUAACUAUUUGUAUAGAAUUACGCAUUCCCUUAUUUAUUAUUGGAAAACCGGGAAGCUCAAAAUCACUUUCCAAAGCAAAGGUAGAAGAAUCAAUGCAAGGAAAAAACUCUACUUCAGAAUUUUUUCGUCACCUGAAACAUAUUCAAAUGAUGAGUUACCAAUGUAGCCGUCUUUCAACUCCUGAGGGAAUUGUUGAGACUUUCAAAAAAUGUACUGAAUUGCAGGAAGAAAAGAAUAUGUCAGAAUUCGCUGCUGUUAUUGUCUUGGAUGAAAUAGGUCUGGCAGAAGAUUCACCUCUUAUGCCAUUGAAAGCUCUUCACGCUCUUCUCGACGAUGGCUCGAUAGAAGAUGAAAUUUGUUUGAGUAAACCAUCGUUUAUUGGAAUUUCCAACUGGGCAUUAGACCCUGCUAAAAUGAAUAGAGGUGUAGUGAUGAAUUGCUGUGUUCCCGAUCAGAAUGAGUUAAAGAAGACUCUUAAAGAAAUUUGUGGCAAUAACAGAGUUGUUCUGAAUAAUAUUUCUUCAUUUCUAGAUGCCUUAACUGAAGGGUAUGCAGAAGUUAAUAGAGAAGCUGAAAGACUUUUUCGAGAGUUUUUUGGCCUACGAGACUUUUAUCAUCUAAUUAAAAUGGUAUACUAUUUUUGUAACUAUUCCAGUAAACGUCCAACUUACAAUGAGUUGGAACAUGCAGUGAAAAGAAACCUAGGAGGUCUUAUGGGAUUUGAUUCUUUCUAUUAUUUUGCAAAUAAAAUUGAUAAGGAAAAUUGUUCAAUAUCAGAAGGUAACGAAGAUGAGAACUCUGCGGAAGAGAUAUUGAAGCGAUCCCUCAAAGGCGAAGAACUUGGGGCGGAAAGUAGAUAUAUUUUGCUUAUUACAGAGAACUAUGCAGCUCUUAAUUUGUUAAAAGAUAGAUUAGGCUUUGACUACAAUAUUAUUUUCGGAUCGUCAUUUCGAAAAGAUCAAGAGUAUUCUCAACUUUGCUUGAAUAUACAUCGUGUGAAAAUUUGCAUGGAAUUAGGAAAGUCAGUCAUUCUUUUGAACUUGGAUUCUAUCUAUGAGAGUUUAUACGACGCUCUGAAUCAGUAUUAUUCUUACUUUGGAGGACAAAGAUUUGUAGAUAUCGGUUUGGGAAAUAAUCGAAUAAAAGCGCAAGUUCAUAAAAAUUUUCGAUUAAUUGUCGUUGCGGAAGUAGAAGAUGUCAAACGUUUUCCAACUCCCCUCUUAAAUCGAUUAGAAAAACAUUGUCUUACUGUUUAUACUUUACUCCAUAAUGAACAAAAAAUAAUUGUUGAAAGUCUUGAAGAGUGGACUUCAUUGUUUCUGAAGGCGACAAAUUCAAUCUCAUCGCAUGAAAAGUUAGAAAAGAAAGACAUUUUUAUCGGUUUUGGUAAUGACACCAUUCCGACACUCGUUUUAAAGUAUGAUAAUAAGAGUAAUAAGGAAUGCUUAAUAAAGAUUAAGGAAGAGCUACUUAGAGUGGCCACUCUGGAAUCAAUUAUUAAGAAUCAAACAAUCUUAAAGGAAGAACAGCUAUCAACUAUUGAAGAGAUUUACGUAGAACAAGAUCAUUUUUUGAGCGUUUUGAAAACUUAUGAAAAUGAAAAAUUUAUUCAAAUAACCACACACUCUCGAUUGCUCACUGGAGAGGAAUUCUCUUCAAUCAGACUAGAAAAUGCGGAAAUGCAUAUGUUACACAAUUUCGAUACGGAAUAUGAAUUUGAUAACGUUCUUCAGAAAAUGAGCAAAUCGUCAAAAAUUUUAAUUUUACAAAGUGAUACUACUGAUGUACAACUCCUUGCAUGCGCCCGCUUCAAAGUGGAAGAAGACAAGAUUCAGUUACCUAAAAUUAUUUUUAUAGUAAGAGUUACAAGAACUGGAUCAAAAUUUAAUGGAAUUCAUGGUGGGAAAUGGACGUGUGUACAUGUUGAUGAGCUGAGAAGACCAAGGAUAUAUUGCUCAAUACAAGCGCUUAAAGGCAAAUCGAUACCACUACUAUUUGAGGCUUCUUUGGUUAAGACCAAUAGCGACCUCGAUUGUGACAGUAUUGUCAAUGCUUGUCUGAUCGAAGCAGUUAGUCUUUUACGAGAUAAAAAGGCAAUUGAUUUAAAUAGAAGUUCUGAUCGUCUAAAAAUACUUCGAAAAGCUUUUCAAGACGAAAACGUUUUUUACGUAUUCAAAAAAAAAAUAAUUGAACUUCUGAAAGACAGGGAAGAGGCUGUUGGGGGAGGUGAAGCAUCACGGUGGUUGGAAAAGUAUACUACUUCUCUUAAAGCAGUAACUGAAGCAGGGACCUUCCAGAAAUCUUGGCAGAUGUUUGUUAAAACGCGAGUGACAAUUAUUCUUGCAUGUAUAAUCGCGAUGGCUGAUAAAAACUUCAAUUUGAAUGGAUUGGAAGACAAUCAUGAAUUAUGGUUAAGAAUUUUUGACGACGAGAGAAUUGGUCAUUUAUCGUUUAUGACUCUAACAGACGGAAUACCAACCCCUGUUGAAGUUGGCCUUGACCAUCUCAUUAAAACUAAUUUGCCUACGAAAUUAUCUUUUAGUUGGAUUCUAUUUGAAAAAGUAGAAAGUUUUGUAGAUCAAGUAUUAGAACAUCAGUCUGAUAAAGAAGCGAUUAAAAAUCAAUUGUAUAGAGAAGAGAUUUUCUCACUUUUCAAUGACUACGCCGAAGAUUGGAGAAAGAGCUAUCUAUAUGACGCUCUACUAAUGCUACACAAUCCUCUUUCGAAUGAUCAUAAAAGUGAACUUGAGAUAAUUUACAAGAUCCAAUGCGAUCUAAUGGAUGAAGAAAUAGAUGUGUUAGAUUAUCACUUGCUGUACAACGAUAGGAAGAAAAUAUUUGAGGUAGCUUUCACUCUGGCGAAAGUACAGGAUGAUCUCCUUAUUCAACUUCUUAAAAAGCCAAGCGAAUUCUUUUUCGACGAAACCAAAGAAAUGAUAAUCGAUCUGAAAAUAGUUGAAAAGGUACUAGCAAAUUUCGAUCAUUUAAGAAAAAGUCUUAGCGAACAAGAAUCUCGAAAAAAAUGGAAAGAAUGCAUUCAAAUGAUUCGGUCUCCAAUGGAAAAAAUCUUAGCAUCAAGAAAAGGACACAAAAUCGCUGACAAAUGUUUAUCAAAUUGGAUGAAAGUAAGAAUUAUGGAAUUAUAUCUUAAUCACGUUGUUAUGGAAGGAGAUAAAGAGUUUGCUUUGGAGGAGAAGAAAUUACAGGGACUAUGGAUAUAUUUAAACAAAGUGAAAUCUUGGAAAGACGUCGACUUGCUUGUUCAACUGAAAAGAUUUCUACAAACAAUGAGAGAAUCACUUUACAAAACUGUCUUUAAAGAGAAAGUACCUAGAUGUAAUGUAGAAGCUUGUCGGGAGAUUAUAUCCGGUCAAGAUUUAGUGUGCGGUCAUAAUCUAUGCGAAAAAUGCGAAUCCGAUUGUAAGACAAGUGCUAAACCAGUAUGUCGCUUAUGCAAAGAGCCAUUUUCUUUUUCAAAUUCAACAAAUAUUGACUUUGAGACUGCAAGGGAAAUUCUAAAUACGUUCCACAAUCGCUGCAAUAACUUUUUCAUAUUCAUUAUAAACUCCUAUUGCUUUACUGGAUCGGAUGUUCCUGACGAAAAGUUGAUUGAUUUUAUUCUUUCGUGCGUCACCUGCAAAUCUCUAAAUCAAACUUGUUAUACAACAAAUGAUUACGUUUUCGACAAUGUUAUAGAUCCAAAUCCUGUUUUAAGAUCUUUUGCAUUGAAGCAGCUGCUGAAAUAUGCUGAAGGUACAGUUCUAAAGAAGCUUGACGAAUUUUUUAAACAAUUGAAUAAUGAAAUAAAAGUUGAUGUAACAGAAGAUGUCAGUCGUAUUGUUAUUAAUAAUAUGGAAGAUUCCUUUUAUAAUGAUUAUAUACAAACUGACAAAAUGAAUCGAAAGAGACUUUUGAUUGAAAAUAUCAGGAAAUAUAAGGAAAUUAUGCAAACAGAACAAGUUGACCAGGAUAAUCAGACACAGUUGAUGGUAUCAAUAGCUGUUAUUCGACUUUGUCUGAAGAAAAUCGUCGAUAUAUUCAUCGAUAAUACUAAGGAAAUUGAAGAUGAAAGAGUCAUUCAAGUCGUCAGAGAGCUGUGUCAUGGACCUAAUGAUUUUCCAAGAAAAUUCUUCUUAAAAUGUAUUUAUAAUCAAUAUGGUAUAAAAGAAUUAAUUCGAAUAUCCAAACUCGAGGAUUUCAAUUGGCUAAUUCCUUUCGAAACAUUUCCCAAUAAAACAACUCCAGACGUAUUCUCCUUAUACAAUAACGAAACUUAUAGGGAAAUUCGUAAUUGUUUUGACUCUAAAACAAUAAGCGAAGAGAUUUUUAUGGAUCCUAACGGAAAACCAUACUUAUUUAUUCUAGCUCUCUACUCAGCUAUGUCUGCAACUGAAUUUCAUAAUUUACGUGAUUACUUGCAGAAAUUAAAGGAUUUAAAAUGCUCAAUGGAAAAUGAGGAAUUAUGGAAUAGAUUAAUUGAAGAAGAUUUUUUAAGAAAUCUUCAAUUUCCAAAUAAAAAUGACCUCUUUCACGAUCCUAUUGCAACCCUCAUUUUUCACGCUGAUGUGGUAAUAAGAUAUAGUAAAAAAGCUAUUCUCGAACCUCUUAAGAAAAUAGUUAGCGAACCGAGAUUAAUGAACCAAUGGUUUCUACCUACUAUGCCAGACAACAUACUGGGAAAGAUGAAAAAUGAUCUUAUGGGGCUUAACUACUCAGAAAACAUUUCUAUAAGUCUUUGUCCAAAUGGUCACCCAUACCUGAUUGGAAACUGUGGAAAACCUGCUUCACAGGGAGAGUGUAAUGUCUGUAAAGCUCAGAUUGGGGGUCUAUCUCAUACUUAUGUAAGUGGAAACAGAUUGGCUACCAAAGAAGAUUUCAAAACUCUACCCGGUCAUAUUUUGGGCGAAGCCAAAUUUGCUAGUAAUGAAUUCCGUAUAUCUAAAACGCAUACAAAAAUUCUUAGAGCCGUUUUGCACAUAAUGAUGCUUGUUGCUGCUAAUGAAGAUCCAGAUGCUGUUUCGGAAUGCCUUCGUAAAAUACCUAAUUCUAUAGAUCACUUUCAGUUUCUUAUGAACCAUUUAAAGAAUGACAUAAAAAACAUUAAAAAGUCUCUAAAGAUAAGCAAAGAAGCAGUCUGCAUUUUAUUGCAUAGCAUCUUUAAGUUGUUUAUGACAUCAAAAUGUUCAACUGAAGUAUGCCUUUGGGAAAACCCUGAAAAUCGCGAAAAAUGGGAAAAAAUAUUUGCAACGAACUUCAUAACUGAGGCUAUUAAUGAUAUAGACAAAGCACAAAGGAUAAUUACAGAAGAUGACCGUUUGUCAUCAAAUCCGCUAUUAUCCUCUCUAGUACAAACUGAUGAAAAAGUUAAAGACAUUAUUUUACAACGAUGUAGUGAAGUAUGGAUAAAUAGAGAUAUUAUAGAUCUCGAAUCUACUCUACAAGAGUUGAGAAAACAAGAAAAAACCAAUGAAAUAGAUUUCAUCCUAUUAGCCUUAACAAAAGUGAAUGAGCUGGAAGCGAUAAAAUAUCUUCCUGACAUUAUUCAACUUAUCUACAGUAUCGUUACAAACCUUCGAGGCAAAUUUCUUAGAUCAGAUUUGAAAACGAUAACAAUAACAUCCUACUUGUCGUACACAGAUGAAGACCAAGCUCUUGACAUGUUUAAGUCAUUUACAAAUGCAUGGAAAAUCUGCAGAAACAGCCUAUGCAAAAUUGAAAUCAAUGGAAAACACCUACCAGAAGAAAUCUUAUCAAUGGCUAUAGAUGAAAAGACUCCAUUGGAAUAUCUCCUACCAUCCACAAAAGGGAAUGGGCUAGCUUCGUUUGCUCUUAUUAAUUACUUGGUUAAUCUACAAAAUAAUCUGGUGACAAAAAAUUCUGAACUUUCCAAUUCUAAGUUGGAAUAUAUGCAGAUAGACGAAACAUUGUCAAUCGUUGAUGUUAUUAAUAUAGAUCCGGAGAGAAAUGUUGAAACAUUAAUUCUGUCAACUUACUCAUAUGAAAUAGAUUUACAGAGCAAACAGAGUUCAGUCAAGUACGACUUCUACUCUUUGAGACGCCAAAUAUCUUCUUCAUGGUUAGAAAAUCUUCCCGUGUUGCAAUUUGAACGGCCUCCAGAGAUAGUUUGUAGAGACGAUCUUAGAAUGAAAAGUAAACUGAAGGAGGUUGGAAUUGAUCAAAUACCUUUAUCGAAAGCGGUGGGAGAUCAGAUAUCUGCGGAAUGUAUUCAUAUUGAGGAGGUGUGCGAAAGUUUAUCGAUCCUAAAUAUUGCGGUUGGAUAUUUGGCAACAAUUUCAAAUGUUAAUCCAAAGACAAAAUUGAUUGCAUUUCUCGAAGACUUGCGCAUAAGAAAUGAGUCGUUAUUAAAAUCAGCUGAGAAGAAUUGUAAUAUUGAACAUGUUGAAGACUUUUGGCAUAUAUUGUCAAGAGAACGGGAUAAAUUAUUAAUUGAUCAUCAAUUAUUUAUUACUCCUGAUUCUUCUUUAAUAGAUGAAGAGCAACAAAAAGCUAUUAGAAAUUGUAUUGGAAGCAAUUUAAAAGUAGCUGAAGAUAUUGUCAUUUACUUACAUAGGACUAUACAUGAACACUACGAUCACGAUCGUAUGUUACUGCCAUUACGGGAUGUUUAUAUUGAAUAUCUACAGGAAAAGGAAUUACCUGUUGCCGAACAAAUACUAACAUGGCCAAAAGAUAUUCUAUUAAAAAAUGGAAUUGAAGUUUGGAAAAUAGUAUAUGAAAUUGUAAGAAGUGAAAGCAGAAACGAUUAA